CAAGAACGUAAAACAAACAACACAACCAAUCAGAUUACGAGUAGCACAGGCAUAGCUUCGUCAGUACAAACAACAUCGCGUUUUGUAAUUUUGUAGUUUAUGAUUUUAUCGGUAAUCAGCGUAUUGAUAUAAGGAGAAUGUUUAAGGUUGAUGUAUUCAAGACUCCCUCACUUUUCUUUCUCCAUCAAACUCACUGCCUUGAGUUCGUAACAUGCUAAUUUAACGGCAAAACCAUCAUCACGGUAAGUACAAAUUCUCGACUUCUGUCUUGACGCGACCUGUUAGUGUAUGAUUUCUUUCCCUGUAUUGUAGGACAAUAACUUUUCCUAUCAAGUGAGCCCUUUGCAGGAAAACCGAUCAAGGGCUGCUACAACUUUAUGGUGAAAAAACAUGGUUUUGCGGUUGUGAAAUCAAUGCACCUUUUUUUUUUUUCAAAAUCUUUCCUUUGUUCUCUGCGCUGACAUUAUAGUGGCUAUUCUUCCAUCCCUUCAACGAAAAAUGAAACAAAACUAAGCCUUGACACUUAUACCGCAUAAAGUGAAAAUAUUUUGAAAAUUGAAGAGCUACUUGAUCGUGUGAAUGGAACAGGACAAUAUUGUUGGAACACAUUUUUCAACAGCUUUGUUCGAAAAGAGAGGCCGACUGAAUCUGCUUCGUAUACUCGUGAGUAUCCUGGCUCUGAAGAUUUGAAAACAAAAAUGUCUUUCGUUUUGAAUUCAUCUACUUAUUUACCGAUUUAUUUUCUAACAGGCAAGAGAAAGAAUGAAAUCUAGCUAUCGUUAUGACGAUGCAACGGAAAGAAGCUCUUGGUAGUUUGUUGAACAUAUUGACUUAGUUAGGCUUUCAUUCUAAGAGCAGGUGAAAAAUUAAUUACAUAAAAAUUUCAUGUACUCGCUAUGGCUAUGAGUGUUCUAACGCACUAUUCCUUGUCACGAAUGUUCCCGUUGUUGCCAGAGAGAAUACGAUCAAUUAUUUAAGACUUCUGUCUUAAGUACUGCAGUAUUUGAAAUCAUCAAUACGAACGGUUCCUCAGUUCCAAAUCUGUUGUCAUCACCGCACCAAGUUGACGUUCAGUGACUACUAGAUCAUCAGCAAAACGUUGUCCAUUUUUGCAGAUGAUCUAGUGGUCAUUUCUGCAGCAGUUGAAAGUUUAAAAGACGCCAUUACAGCUAUCAAAUUUCAGAUGUUGUUUACAAAACGCUGAGGGGUGAAACUCCUAAAGUAUCAAAUUAACAAAUGCGACGAAUUUCAUUAAGACGCUCGGGAUAAAUUGGCAAUUUUCACAUUUUAGUCGCGUUUGUAACAAACUUGUCAAAACUAUUCAGAUGGGACACGCGUCAGUUGAAAAUCCAUCUCUGACAGGAUACAACAAUUCGCGAAAAUUACUACUUGACAACGAAUCUUAUUUUGCGGGAGUUAGCGUUUUUGCGGAGUUUUUUCGUUCGGUCCCAGCAGAACAACAUGGUGCUUUAGUAUUGUUGGUGCACAACCAGCAAGCUUUUCUGCCGAUAGCAGUUACUUCAAAAAGACGUAGACUAGCCUCGCUUAGAAGCUACUUUCCGCCGCAAUUCUAUCUACACGUCUUUUAUAGUAUGGCAGUUAAAUGGUUCAAAUAAACUGCAUUUUUUGCCAACAUUUGAAACCCUCUCAGACAGGACGUUAGCCCCUUUGUAGAUUGACAAAAUUGUAACCAUUAGCAAAAAAUUGGCAAUAUUCUUCCUAUUUUACCCUCUUUGUUGACUGUUCAAAAUUUCUUUGAGCAAAAUAAGCUGUUGUGUGACUAUGAAUUUGUCGAAGUAAACUAAAUGCAUUUAAAAGGAAGAUCUCAAUCAAUCCUCAAUCCUUUAUUUAAACACGUGACACCUAGGAGUACAGAAGUUCUCGUUAAAACGUGUACGUGUAUGUACAAUUAGAAAUAAAGCAUAAUUUCUGUAAGAAUACAAAUAGUAAGUAAAUCUAUUAAAAAGCUAAAAACAGGAUCGAGAAUCAUGGACAAGAGCUAUCAAUUAGAAGUUACAAUAUUAACAAUAUUAACAACAAUAACGAUAUUUACAAUCACUACCAUUAAGCCAUGUGGGCUUUAAGAGAACGCUUAAAUGAAGCAAUAUCUUGAGAUUCUCUGAGUCUAGGGGGUAGCGCAUUCCAAAGUUUACUAGCUAAAAAUGAAAAAGACCGAUGUAAAAACUCAAGAUUAAAAGGAGGUAAAUCUAGCCUUGUACUGAGCCCGCGUAAACUAUACGGUACAUUUCUAAAAUGAAAAAAAUCACUUAUAUAAGGAGCCCCCUUAUCAUACAAGCACUUAUAUAACAACCAACGAUUGGAAUUGCCUACGAUUCUCCAAAGACUUAAUGUCGGCCAACUUGAGGAGGAAGUCGUAUGACACAGUUGUUCUUAAACACCUUGAUAUUAAAAAACCUGUUUAUAAUUAGCAAUUUUUGCACAUGUUCUCGUAUUACCAAGAACGUAAAACAAACAACACAACCAAUCAGAUUACGAGUAGCACAGGCAUAGCUUCGUCAGUACAAACAACAUCGCGUUUUGUAAUUUUGUAGUUUAUGAUUUUAUCGGUAAUCAGCGUAUUGAUAUAAGGAGAAUGUUUAAGGUUGAUGUAUUCAAGACUCCCUCACUUUUCUUUCUCCAUCAAACUCACUGCCUUGAGUUUGUAACAUGCUAAUUUAACGGCAAAACCAUCAUCACGGUAAGUACAAAUUCUCGACUUCUGUCUUGACGCGAGCUGUCAGUGUAUGAUAUCUUUCCCUAUAUAGCUGGACAAUAACUUUUCCUAUCAAGUGAGCCCUUAACUUAACUGUCAAGAGACGGAUUGCACAGUCAUUGAAGGAAAGGUCGAUUUGCAAUCGCAGCAUGGUUACCAAGUUCUUAUGUUUACUCAAGUGGCGAAGUUGAAUUUUCAAUUCUGUUAUUUCAUUUCAUUUAUUUUCCUUACUAGUUAGAGACCCAUCCGGCGGAUACAUCAGACAUGUUAACGGAGCUUUUCAGUGGAAUCAUGAUGACUUUGCCUCUGCUCGUCAUCCUUCAUUCUGCGCAGCCUGGUGUACUAUCUUCCAUAAACAACUGUUUAACAGGAGGAUUCUUCUUCGCUUCAGGAAGAAACAUGAUAAACAACCGUGCCCUUCGGGGUCACCUGUUACGUCAGAUGACUGUAACACAGCCAAUCAGAUGCUUUGAAAAGUGCCAGUCUGACUGUCGGUGCAUCUCGUUCAAUUAUCUGACCGAUGUGAAUAAAAAUAACUGCCAGCUGAAUGAGGAAAGUAGGUAUACCAAUUUCAGUGCGUUGAAGCCUCUAGAGGGAUCGCAGUACUACGAUCUAAUCGUCAGCUAUAAUAUUAGGGUAAGGAAAGCUUAAGGUGAUUCCUCAAUACUGCACACUGCAUCUUGUACUUCACAGAUUUCGAAAUCACAUAAUCAGGCGAAUAAGCGCGCGUGCAUUCCGAGAACACGGUCGUGUUUUUUCAAUUAAUAGACCAAGCAAAGAGGUACGAUGGUCCUUAGCUCUUGAACGAACACGGUGACCUACAUUUUUUAUUGUUUAAUUUUGGUGUACAAAUCAUCUCCUUUAAAGUGGAGAAAUUAAAAAAAAAUUCAGUGAAGGAAAGAAAGAUAUAGCUUAAAACGGCACGAAACCUGCGGUUACUUCAGGAUGCAUAUUAUGACCUUGGAAGCAACGAAUCGAGGAAAGUUUUGAGGAAUUUUAGUGCUGUUCCUGCGAGUCAAAUUUCACUUAAACGACCAUAAUUGGUACAGGAAAAAAGUGGUCGCUUGAUGGACGUAGUCUCCGAAAAGAAAAAAGCACUACAAAAAGCCUUGCAAAAACUGAUUAGAGAAGGUUUUAACUUUUGUUUUCUACAAUGCAUUGUGACAAAAUUGUUUGGGGAUUAAAAGUAACCUUGAAAUAGCUGAAAUGGAAAACUCUUCUUCCAAGUCUCCAAUAUCACUAUGUUUCACAUGCCAUUUUAGGUCAUGAACUUAUUCUUUGAAACAUAACUUUUCUUUUUUUAUGUUUUUACCCUUUGGUUCUGAAUAAACAAAUUUGUUUAGACAAACGUCCCCUUGGCUGAGUGUUACAAUGGAUGUUGUGCAACUCAGACCUGCUUUAACGGUGGAACAUGUCACGAGACUUGUGACGUCACAGGCAAGCGAUUCAAGUGUUCAUGCAAGCCAAACAUCGUUGGAAAGUUCUGUGAAACUGGUAAGCUUAGUACUCUAGGUUUAUAUGAGGUUCUUAGAUCGACAUUGUUUCAACUUCCGUGGCAUUUGAAUGUCAAUUAUUACUGCAAAUCAUUACAUCCGAUUGGAGGUUAUCGCUAACGAAUAAACCACACUCCCUCGAACAUUUCUUUUGUAUCGAAAAUAGAAAGAAAAAAGUAAAUCAUCGAUUGGAAGCGAUGAAGAGCUGUUCGAGACAAAUUGGGCUCAUCAGCCUGGUAUCGCUAACAUGAUUAUUUUAAGUUCCUACAUAAGAGAUGUAAGGAUGUGGUCUCGGAAGGCUGGAACAACUUUGUAUGCCCUCGAAUUAGAACGCUACCUUCAUAUUUUCUUUUGGUAAUAAAGACUUAGAGCCAAUAUACCAUAAUUACCAUUGGUGCAUGCACAUUCUGUUGUUACAGCACACCAUGUCAUCAUUUGACUGCUUACACAACAACUAACACAGUGUCACUUUCCACAGCCACAUGCUCCACUCCUGGCUGGCUCAGAGUUAACAAUUCAUGCUAUAAGGAGUUUAAUGAACAAGUAAACUGGUUCACUGCUCAACAAGCGUGUCAAAACUUGAACAGCAAUCUUACAUCCAUUCAUUCAGAUGCAGAAAACAAGGUUAUUCGGGAAAAGGUUGCAUCGUCAAUUUAUUCAAGAUACUGGAUUGGACUUAACAACUUAAGAAACAACUCCGUGUUUGAAUGGAAUGAUGGAUCUUCUGUGUCAUUCACUAAAUGGUAUCCUGAUGAACCAAAUAAUAACGGAGACGAAAAUUGUACUGAGGUCGUGGAUAACGUCGCUGGCGAAUGGAAUGAUUUGAACUGUUAUACUCGUUACAGGAGUUACGUUUGCGAAAAGCAAUGGAACCUUUGA